CUGGUGUCCUGUGAACUUUUUCCGGGUCAGAAAUAGAUUUGAACUGUUCUCACCUGUAAUGAACUAAUUAUUCAGGUGCAUUGACCAUUGUACAAGAAGCAACACCCUUGUCAGCAACAGAAAGUCCAAGGGAAAGAUGCCAUUGUUAUCACCGGGCUUUGCGAAAUUUGCCAAAUUGGUGUUAGUUUUUCUUAAUUUCAUUUUGUUGUUAUUGGCCAUUGGACUGAUAGUGGUAUCUGCUGUUCUGUACAGAUCUGGGGAUAUCGCCACUGAUAACAAUGUUCUUGUCCUGUUUGACCAGUUGACGAUAUCUUACGAUAUUACAGUCGGAUCAGUCAUCACCAAGAUCGUUAUAGGAAUACUGGUUGUGGCUAUUAUACUGUUCUUGGUAACUCUGUUAGGUUUCUUAGGAAUAUUUUACAGAUCCGUACCAGUAUUGGCUUUGUUUGGUAUUCUCGUGAUUAUGAUAUGUGGUUUUCAGAUCUUUGUAAUUUAUCUCUGGUUUAAGCUGAGAGACGAGGUUACUUACACAGUUAAAGACAAAAUGCUUUCUCUUUUGAGCCAUUACGAAGGGAAUACUGGCACCAAGUCUAUCACUAAAGCAUGGAAUAAUCUUUUCCUAUGGUUUGAUUGUUGUGGUGUGAAUCCGGUUAACGAAGUAGACGAUUUUACGGGAACCACGUGGAACACGACAAGAGGUGCCGACAAAGUUCCCGGAUACUGCUGUAGAGAUGCAAUGAAAAACACUGCUGCAAGUUUCUCGGGGGCAGCAUGUACUGUAAAUCCUACCUUACAAAAUGCUUGGCUGGACAAGGGAUGCUACACAGCGGUGUCUGAUUAUCUGAAGAGUUACAGUGAUGGGUUUCUGUCCUGUUCAUUUAUCAUCUUGUUCAUUGGGAUUUUUGUUGCAUUCUUGGCGUUUUUAUUCGCCUUCCACGAAAGAGGAAUCAGACGAAAUAGAAAAUAUUCUAAAAGGAGUGAAAAAGAACCAAUUGGAGCCUAUAUACCCGAGGGUAAUUGUAAUUGUGCCCCUUGUCACGUGCAUGACGUCAAUCACAGAUGUACCUGUCCUCCUGUACAGCUUCCUAUGUGGUAUCCUCCAUAUAGUGGAUAUAUUCCUGCUCAAACUGGAUAUGUACCUGCUCAAUCUGGAUAUUUUCCUGCUAGCUCCGGAUAUAUCCCACCUGUUUCCGGGCAUUUAGCACGAUGUGUACAAAGAUGGGAAAAUCCUCCAACAUAUCGAUAUGAUCCUCGUUUGGUUCCUUCCGUACGAAUUCCACGACGUAAUUAUAGAGAGCAAACAAAGAAUGAGUCCUACUUGCAACCAACGAGCAAUUAUUUUGUCGAUCCUCAAAUCUGGAAUCCGUACUCUUCUUACUAUCCAUAUGUAUCUUAUGGUGAUAUGACUGACACGCAAAGGAAAAAACGCACCAAGGACUACACGUAUUACUGGAACCCUUCUGAUGAUGCACGUGAUCAGAUGUCGAUGAUACCAAGACGAAAUAUAUAAAAUGGAAGAGCAGAUAUCGAGUGCUGAGUUAGAUGAAACUAUGUCAAUUAGAGAACAAUUGUUUAUACUUUCUUAAAUACCACUUUCAUUCUACCAUUUAUUCUAUAUUCGAUAUGUGUUGCUAGUACUAUUGGAUAUAAUAAAACUACAUUUCAAAAUGAA